UGUCUGCCGAGUUUGGGGAGAUAUUUCUAGCAAUGGCCUCAGCUUGCCCUCUAGCACGAAAUGUGACCCUGGAGCACUGAACUCUGGCCACACACCUCGGAACACAGCCCAGACCGUGCUCUGCUGAGUAUCAGACCCUGUGUACUGCCAGCCAGAACGGGCCAGCUCCCUCCUACCCACAAAAUCCAAACCAGCCUUCUCCCCCGGUUCUUUCGCUGCUGUCUACCUACUGUGACACUGCUGAAUUCCCACAUCCAGCACCUUUUACCCGCAGAGACCCUUGGGUCCUAGUCCUCUUCCAUCAGAUGCAAGAAUGCAGACCUCAGCUCUCCUCCUUGCCCAGCGGCCCAAGCCCCAGCCCUCCUCUCCCAGACCAAGAGUCCCGACUCCUGCCCCUUCCUCUCUUAGAACCAGGGGUCUGGGCCUCCUGUUUGAACUUUCCCCUCCUCGGAAUUUGACACCUUCUGCUGCGUCAGGAGAAAAGAACAGGUGGCACCUGCCGGCAGGGUCUGAACACGACCACCUGCCGCUGCUGCUCACCCUGGUCCCAGCCCCUGCACCUGCUCCCGUCUGUCGCCUGUGGCCGCCCCACCCAACCCAACAGCCCGGGACGCCAGGGCGGAGACAGUAGGGGGACCCUCGAAGUGAGCCCGCCCCGGUCCUCCCCGCGUGUGUGCCCCGCCCCUUCUCUGGGUCCCGACAGGGUUGCUGAUCCGUGGCCCGCUACCAGGGCUCCCGCUCGUCCCAGAAAGGGGAGUCGAGGGCGGCCCCAGGCUGGUGGGGCGGAGCCUGAGGUCUCCAGCCCGGUCCUCAAGACUCCACCCGCUUCAAGGCACAGCUGAGUAGCUGAGCGGAGCCCACCUGGAUUCAGAGUCCAGACGACCGCUUCCUGCACUUUCAAAGACCCAGAGGCCCAGAUUCCAAUGCUCUCCUUAGGAUGCAGGAGUCCAUGACUCAGGUCUCCACCCCAGCCUUGGCAAUGACCCUGGCAGCCUCCUCUCAGCGCUCCCAAAUCAUCCGUUCCAAGUUCCGCUCUGUCCUGCAGCUUCGGAUCCACAGACGGAAUCAAGACUGCAUUUCAGAUCCGUGGAUCUCAGCCUCAGGCCCCGCUCUGGCUCCAGCUCUGCCCCCCGUUCCUGCUUCCUUCCUGGUCAGCCCUGGCAUCGUGUCCCCUGAGCCAGCCUAUUGUCCCUGGAGGUCUCCAAAGAAGGAAUCUUCCAGGAACUCUCAACACUGGAAGGAGCCCAAGGUCAGGGGGAACUUGACAUAUCACCUGUACAUGCCUCCGGAACGGAGCCAAGGGCCUAGGACAGAUCUCCAAGAGGAGGGGUCAACCCUGGGUCCCCCGGGGCCACCUCUGUGGGAAGAGAAAAACUCACAGAGGCCACACCCUCGGAUGAAGCCCUGCUCAUCAGGAGACUCCAGUCCCUCACCCCCUUCACACAAGCUGGAACUCCAGACCCUUAAACUGGAAGAGCUGACGGUCUCCGAGCUCCGGCAGCAGCUGCGCCUGCGGGGACUCCCAGUCUCCGGGACCAAGGCGAUGCUCCUGGAGCGCAUGCGCGGCGGCGCCCCGCCCAGAGACCGGCAGAAACCCCGGCGUGAGGACAAAGAGGCCGCUGCUCCCUGGCCGCGCCUCAAGCCCAAGACGCUGGGACCAGCCCGGCGGUCGGGCACGGUAAAGGCAAAUGCGGCGACUCGUAGGCUGAGGUUUUCUGGAGCUGCGGAUCCCCUGAGAGCAGCUCUGGCUCCAGCUCCCGCUCCGGCUUCCGCUCCAGCUCUAGCUCCGGCUCCAGUUCCAGCUUCAGCUUCAGCUCCAGCUUUAGCUCUCGCUCCAGCUCCGGCUCUGGUUCCCGCUCCCGCUCCGGCUCCAGUUCCAGCUUCAGCUCUCGCUCCAGCUCCAGCUCCAGCUCCGGCUUCUGCUCCAGCUCCAGCUCCAGCUCCUGCUCCAGCUCCGGCUCCAGUUCCAGCUUCAGCUCUACUUCCAGCUCCAACUCCCUUUCCAACAUCUUCUCCAGCCAGCCUGACUCUGGAGGAGGAGCUGCAGGAAGCCAUCCAUAGGGCGCAGCUGCUUCCGAACCGGGACAUCGAUGACAUCCUUGAAGACCAAGUGGAGCCAGAUGACCUGCUGCCUCCCAUCCCCUUGGACUUCCCUGGCUCCUUUGACGUGCUGUCUCCCUCCCCGGACUCGGAAGGCUUCUCUUCCGUCUUCUCUUCUUCACUCCCAUCCCCUUCUAGCUCCCUGUCCCCUUCUCCAAGGGCCCUCACAGAUUCCUUGGACUGGCUGGAGGCCUUGAGUGGGGGUCCACCGCUGGGCUCUGGGCCUCCAGGCCCCAGCAUCUUCUCAGCGGACUUAUCUGACUCCAGUGGCACUCGGCUUUGGGAACUGCUGCCAGAUCCAUGGUGAAGGACCCUGGGGUUUCCGAGGAGCGGUCAUCUGCACCCACAAACGCCCUCUAACUACAGAGGGCUCCAGAUGCCCUCAUCCCCUCCGGACCCACUGCUGCUGACACACAAAUGCUGGACCUGCCUACUUGGCCUCUGUGUGACCCCUCCCUCCGUCCGUGUACUUGCGGGUGGGGGUUCAUUUGCUACGGGCCAGUGCAAACAAGCUUGCCGCCUCCUUCAGAGACCUGCAGGGUGUGUGUGUACCACUUCCUCCAGACGCUGGAUGGCUGCCUGUCAUCUGGGAAUCGGAAGUUUGUGCUGUUUGGGUUCAGGAAAGGACAGGGAGAGUAGAAGGAAGGUUGACCCCUGCUCUAGUUAGAGGUGAGGGGGAUCAGUGAGUCACCACCACCUAGUGGGUGGUGGCCCUAAACUCCCUAUCACUUUGAACCUAUGAGUGUUGUGAUUAUACCUAGCUUUCUUGCUUU